AAACAUUCUACAACACACAACACUCCAACACAACCUCUGUUGUGCCGAAAGAGAGAAGAGAAGCAAAAUGGCUGCUUUUCUUACGAAUCAAUCUUGGUUGGCUUCAUGUCCAUGUUCUACUUCCUUCUCUUCAAUGCCCUUUACCCUACAACCCAAAUUCCUACCAUUUCCAUCUCGCUCCAUUUCAGGGUUUUCAAUUUCCUGUGUUAAUCGAAGGGCCCUUUUCAAAUCUUUUCUCGCUUCCCAAGAUUCCCUUUCAAUUACGAAUGAUGAAACAGAGGGGACUUACAAUGAUUUAAGAGGGACAGAUGAUUAUGAAGAUCAAAAACCUUUACCCAGCUUAAUGGUUCUCGUUGAAGCAUACAGGGAAGCCUUUCUUAAUGGGGAUGAAAAAACUGCAUCUCGAAUUGAAGAGAGAAUGUAUUCAAUAGCAAAUAAAAAGAAUGAAUUGAUUCAGAAAGUAUCAACUUUAUCGGCUGACAAAGUUGCUUCUAAGGAGAAAUAUCUUCGCUUACAAGCAGAUUUUGAUAAUUUUAGAAAAAAAUCUGACAAAGAAAGACUAAACAUCCAAUCCGAUGCCCAACAAGAAGUCAUUGAGAAACUCUUGUUGAUGGUGGACAAUUUUGAGAAAGCCAAACAACAGAUUAAAGCAGCAACAGAGAAAGAGAAGAAGAUUGAUGCAAGCUAUCAAGGUAUUUACAAGCAGUUUGUGGAGAUUAUGAGGAGCCAUCAUGUUUCUGUGGUAGCAACAGUGGGCAAGCCUUUUAAUCCCUUACUACAUGAAGCCAUUGCACGGGAGGAGUCCGUGGAGUUCAAGAAAGGGAUUAUAAUUAAAGAAACCCGACGUGGUUUCUUGCUUAGAGAUCGAGUUCUAAGGCCAGCACUUGUCAAGGUUUCCUUAGGGCCCGGCAAUAAGAAAUUUCCAGCAUCUCCUGACAAGAACAUGGAGCAACCUUCAACAGCUGCUGGAAUAGAUGAAAGAUAGUCUCCUGAAUUUCUCAUUUAUUCAUUAAGAAUCUAGUUCCACCUGCCUCGCCGAUAUCUUGUCAUUGGUCAACUUGAAAUGCUUCUAGUGUUCAAUAUAUCGGUAUUUUUGCCCCAGGUAAGUGUAAUCCCCUGUAGUAUGGACAUCACAAAUUUUAACUUGUGUGCAACUGCACUGCAAUUUUCGUUCCACCAUGGAAAAAGGAAAUUAAUUUUGAUCACGAGAGCUGAGUUUAUUUUGCAAUCCAUUUUUACCAAAACCAAAAAUGGCCCUUUCUUCUUGAACUUUUCUGGUGUUAUUGCCCCUCGUAUCAAGAUGCAUAAUGAAGGGAAAUACUAGAGAAAUCUUGACUGUUGAAACUUAAUUUUUCAUUUGGUAACCAACCAAAAAUCUACCACAGUUUGAGUUCUGAAAAAUAAGUAGAGCUCACAUUUUUUGGCCUGAUAACUAUGUUAAUGUCUAGCGUUAGAACGCUCUACUGAUCUCUUGCAAAAUCUUUUCAUGAAACCAUGGGGCAAUGCUGAAUAAAUUUAG